AUGCCCAGGCCGGGGAAGAGUUCGUACAGCGACCAAAAGCCGCCCUACUCUUACAUCUCCCUGACGGCCAUGGCCAUCCAGCACUCGGCCGAGAAGAUGCUGCCCCUGAGCGACAUCUACAAGUUCAUAAUGGAGCGGUUCCCCUACUACCGGGAGCAUACCCAGCGCUGGCAGAACUCCCUCCGUCACAACCUCUCCUUCAACGACUGCUUCAUCAAGAUCCCGCGGCGACCCGACCAGCCGGGCAAGGGUAGCUUCUGGGCGCUGCAUCCGGACUGUGGGGACAUGUUUGAGAACGGCAGCUUCCUCCGCCGCCGCAAGCGCUUCAAGGUCCUGCGCCCCGAGCACCACCUGCCUGGCGGCGGCGGCAGCGGGACAGGGAGCGGCGGUCCCGGCAAGCCCCCGGCGCCCACCCCGCACAUGGUGCACUACUUCCAUCCGCACCCGCCGCCACCGCCGCCUCCAUCGGGCAAGGUGCCGGGGCUGGCAAGCUCCGAGGCGGCCGUGGCCGCAGCCGCGGCCGCUGCAGCAGUGGGGAGGCUACCGCAGUUUUCGCCCUACGGGAGCAGCCAGCCCUCGGGCUUCAAGCAUCCCUUCGCCAUCGAGAAUAUCAUCGGCAGAGAUUACAAGGGUGUGCUGCAGGCCGGCGGGCUGCCGCUGGCCUCAGUGAUGCACCACCUGGGCUACCCGGUGCCCAGUCAGCUCAGCGGGGUGGUGAGCUCCGUGUGGCCGCACGUGGGGGUGAUGGACUCCGUGACCAGUGUGCCCGUGUCCCCUGACUACGGACCCUUCGGCGUGCCUAUGAAGGCGCUCUGCCACCCGCCGGCCCAGACCAUGCCGGCUGUCCCGGUGCCCAUCAAGCCGGCGCCGGCAAUGUCCACUGCCUCGGCCAUCCCUGCUCUGACGGUCUCCGCCUCGCAGAUCUGCCCUGCUGCUUCCCCGGCCGCUGCUUCGUUGUUGGAACAGGCCGCGAGCAACAACCCCGAGGGCAAGGGCUCCCUCCACUCCGUCCUGGUGCACUCCUAA